AUGAUUUUUGUUCAGUGUAUAAAGGAAAUCCACAGCAUCUGCUCUGCUUUUCUCUGGUCUGGGCCAACGCUAUCCACACGGAAAGCAAAAAUUGCAUGGGCUGAUGUUUGUAAACCAAGAGAUGAAGGUGGGUUGGGUUUGAGGAAUUUGUUGGAAGCAAACAGAGUGGCUUGUCUGAAGUUAAUAUGGAGAGUGUUAUCUGCAAGGUCUUCGCUAUGGGUUAAAUGGAUUUGGAAGUAUCUCAUAAGGAAGGGAUCGUUUUGGAGUGUAAAUGAAAGGAGCACUCUAGGCUCUUGGAUGUGGAGGAAACUCCUGAAGAUGAGAGCUGUUGCAGUGCAGUUUUUUAAGGUGGAGAUAAACAGUGGCUCUACUACUUCUUUCUGGUUCGAUAGAUGGUCACCUUUGGGGGUUCUUAUUGAUUUCACUGGAGGAAGAGGCUGUGUAGAACUAGGUAUUCCAAUAAAUGCAACGGUGGAGAGAGUCAUUCAAACUUAUAGGAGAAGAAGGCGUAGAGUUCCUAUUUUACAGCAGAUAGAACAAGAGAUUAUGGCACUGCAGGAGAGAAGUCUUAAUCAGCUGGAUGAUGUUUGUUUGUGGAAAAGAGAGAGUGGUGACUACGCAUCGGAGUUUUCUACUUCCCAAACUUGGAACUUGUUACGAGAGAAGAAGCAGAAGGUUCCCUGGUCUAAAGGCUGGCUACUGGUGAUAGGAUACUUAAGUGGAAUCCUCAAGCAGUGUCUGUUUGCUGGUUAUGUUAUGCAGAUACUGACCAAUGGUUUACAUGAAAGGGUAGUGACGUUCUUAUGGAGGUAUUGUUUCCAAUCUGUUCUUCAUGCGAUUUGGACGGAGAGGAAUACUAGGCGUGUGGAGGAUAAAGCUCUGCCAACUUCUUGUCUUAUGAUAAAGUUGGACAAGCAGGUCAGAAACAGAAUUACUUCUUUGAGAAGGAAGAAUAGAGGUAAAUAUGAGAAAGCAAUGGAGGAAUGGUUUAAAAGAAGGUGA